AUGGCCGACGAAUACGUGCGUAUCUGCCUCUUUCCUCUCCAUCUCCAUCUCUGCAUGCCUGCCCGCUCUCGCAGAGAUGAAUCUGUCUACCCCUCCCUACCAAGAAGAACAAUAGCUAACACUCGAUUGCCGGAACAGGACGCAGAGGCAGCCGCCGAAAUCAAGAAGAAGAGAACCUUCAGAAAGUUCUCGUACCGUGGUAUCGACCUCGACCAACUCCUCGACCUCUCCUCGGACCAGCUCCGUGAUGUCGUACACGCCCGCGCCCGCCGUCGUUUCAACCGCGGUCUCAAGCGCAAGCCCAUGGGUCUGAUCAAGAAGCUGCGCAAGGCCAAGCAGGAAUCCAAGCCCAAUGAGAAGCCCGACCUCGUCAAGACCCAUCUGCGGAACAUGAUUGUCGUCCCUGAGAUGAUCGGUAGUGUCAUUGGUGUUUACUCUGGCAAGGAGUUCAACCAGGUCGAGAUCAAGCCCGAGAUGGUCGGUCAUUAUUUGGGAGAAUUCUCCAUCUCUUACCACCCAGUCAAGCACGGAAGACCCGGUAUCGGUGCCACUCACUCUUCGCGUUUCAUUCCCCUCAAGUAA